AGCCCUGCUCCUGAUCAUGACAUCUUACACAGACCGAGGAGAGAAGCCCCCCAGAGGCCGCUUCCUUCACUUCCACUCAAUCACCUUCUGGGUUGGAAACGCCAAACAGGCAGCUUCUUUCUACUGUAACAAGAUGGGCUUCUCCCCCUUGGCCUACCGGGGUCUGGAGACCGGCUCCAGAGAGGUGGCGUCCCACGUGGUGAAGCAAGGCAAGAUUAUAUUCAUCUUCUCCUCACCUCUUAACCCUGGAAACAAAGUGAUGGGUGACCACCUGGUAAAACAUGGCGAUGGGGUGAAAGACAUCUCCUUUGAGGUGGAAGACUGUGACUACAUUGUUCAGAAAGCCCGGGAGCGAGGUGCAGUUAUUGUGAAGGAGCCAUGGAUAGAACAGGACAAGUUUGGAAGGGUGAAAUUUGCCAUACUGCAGACGUACGGAGACACCACUCACACCCUGGUGGAGAAAAUGAAUUACACUGGACCUUUCCUGCCCGGCUUUGAGGCCCCUCGCUUCCAGGACCCUUUGCUCCCCAAACUUCCAGACUGCAAAUUGGCUAUGAUUGACCAUGUUGUGGGGAAUCAGCCUGACCAGGAGAUGGUGACAGCAGCAGAAUGGUACAAGAAGAACCUUCUGUUUCAUCGCUUCUGGUCAGUGGAUGACAAGCAAGUCCACACAGAGUUCAGCUCCUUGAGGUCCAUCGUGAUGGCCAAUUACGAAGAGACCAUCAAGAUGCCCAUCAACGAGCCUGCCAUGGGCAGGAAGAAGUCGCAGAUUCAGGAAUAUGUGGACUAUUAUGGUGGGGCUGGGGUGCAGCACAUUGCCAUGUCGACCCCUGAUAUCAUCUCCGCGAUCACCCAUCUGAAGGCUCGAGGCAUGGAGUUCCUGAGCGCCCCGGCUACCUACUACAAGCAGCUCCGCGAGGGGCUCAAAUCUGCCAAGAUCCAAGUGAAGGAGAACAUAGACAUGCUGGAGGAACUGAAGAUCCUGGUAGAUUACGAUGAGAAAGGAUACUUACUCCAGAUUUUCACCAAGCCCGUUCAGGACCGGCCCACGGUCUUCCUGGAGGUGAUUCAGCGUCACAAUCACCAGGGCUUCGGUGCGGGCAACUUCAACUCGCUCUUUAAAGCGUUCGAGGAGGAGCAGAACAUUCGGGGCAACCUCACGGACCUCGCCCCCAACGGUGUGGGCAUUGCCAUGUAGGGGGGGGCGCUGAGGGCAGGGACCGGCUGACUUUGUCCGUGUCCCCUGCGCCCGGCCCAGACUGGGGGCGUAAUUUAAUGGAUUUACUCCGGGCCAGCGGGCGGCCCUCCUGCGAAGGAGGCAAGAGCCAGCCGGGGGCCGGGGAGCAAUAAAGUGCAUUAGAGCGUG